CGUUAACACUGAACAUACACCUGGAUGGAAUCGCUCAUCCGUCGAACUUCGCAGGCAUUUCUGUCAUCUGUUACCUCUCACAGAAUCUUAGUAUAUGGCCUUCUUUCCUCCUUCGCAGUCCUUGCUACGAUUGGAAAUGCACUCAAAAGCCACAGCAACUUCUAUUCCGUCACUAUCUACCUUUCCAAAAGCAGUCGGAGCAUCCUAAUUUUGGCCAAUUUCUCCUUUCUACUGGCGUUGGUUGGAGGUCAUGUUGUUCAAAGAAUAUUCUUUGGCUCCCUCCGGCCGAACGAAGUUGAGAGACUUUACGAGCGCUUAUGGUUCUUCAUCACAGAGUCCCUGCUUGCGUUUACGAUUUUCCGGGAUGAAUUUGAUAUACCUUUUGCUAUCAUGUUCGGCUUUCUGCUCUUCGUCAAGUCCUUUCAUUGGCUUGCCAAUGAUCGGGUUGAGUGGAUGGAUCAAAGGCCUUACCCUGGACCCCCUCUGCUAUUCCACGUCCGGAUGUCCGUUUUGUUCGCUAUCCUUUGGUCGACUGACCUCCUAAUGUUCUUGAUCGCGGUGGAAAACACGCUUGCUCAUGGGGUUGGCGGGAUGGUCCUUUUCGCAAGCGAGUAUGGUAUCUUGAUGGCCACCGUGACGAAUACCAUAUCAAAAUAUCUCCUAUCAGCGUAUGAUUUCCGCCGAGCAGGUCAAAGAGGAGGGGAAGCCGCACCUCCAUGGGAAAAUAAGAGCAUGUGGGUCUUUUACAUCGAACUCGCCACCGAUUUCCUCAAAUUGACCAUAUAUCUUGUAUUCUUCACCAUUAUCAUUACAUUCUAUGGGCUCCCUCUCAACAUUGUCCGCGAUGUUUACAUUACUGCCCGGUCAUUCAUCACACGCCUCAGGGCCCUUCAUAGGUAUCAGACUGCAACACGGAACAUGGAUCAGAGGUAUCCAAACGCUACCGAGGAAGAAAUGGCCGCAAUGUCUGAUCGCACCUGUAUUAUUUGCCGGGAGGAAAUGUUGAUCCAAAGACCGGGUGCACCUGCUACUGAAGGUCCAAAUAUGACGCCAAAGAAACUGCCCUGUGGACACGUCUUCCAUUUCUACUGUCUGCGCUCAUGGUUGGAACGGCAGCAAAGUUGUCCCACAUGCCGUCGAACGGUUCUCGAUAAUGAUCCCCAACAGGGAGUUGGCCGUAAUGAUCCCGUCCCUCCUGCACCCCAGCAACCUGCUCCUGGGCAGCUUGCUGGCGGAAUAGGUGCUCAAGGUUUAAAUGGUCCUGCCGUUGCUGUGAACAACCCUCUAGGCCUCAUGGGUAGACUUUUCGGAGUUCAAGCGCAAGCGCGUAGGGCUCUAGAUGGAGCCCAGCUUCCAAAUGAUACCAACGCCACGGGGCAAUCGGGGGGAAUAGUUAUUCAAUACAACAUUCACUACCAGCCUGGACAACAACACUUUAAUCCUCAAACGCAGGCUGAGCCUCUCCAACCUGUUCCUCAACUGCAAGGUUUCCGAGGCCCAAGGGACAUUUGGCACGCAUGGCCUCAACCUGGUAUCGGUGAAGCCGGUCGAGAUAAUGCUCCCGUCGAAGAUCCAGUGGCUUCUCAAUCUGUUGAAUCGGGCGUUAGUCCUAGAGAGGCAGCUGCUCUUGCUGCUUCUCGGCGUAUGACUGAAAAAACUGGCUCCGAUUUCUAUAGGGAUGCUUCCGUGAACCAUAGUUCAAAUAUUGGACGGGCCUCACAUCCGACUGCUCCAGCUCUUAUUCCGUUAUUUGACUUCGAUUCACAGAGCCUGGAGCUCAAUUCCACCUUGUCCCGCACUGAGCGUUCAACACCUGAUGAUGCUUUUCCCAGUGGCCCAUCUUCUUUGGUGGCGUCCUUGAGUGAUCAGCAGCUAGCGCUCAUGGAUCAAACUACUAGGGAGGCUAUAGAUGAGCGCCUGAUAGUAUUGGAAGGUGUAUCUACUGCGGUAUAUCGCUGUAUCGAUGAUCUCGUGAGGAUGCGAAGCGCUUUACCUCCUCUUGGAGAUAUUAGUAGCGCCCAAUUAUCCCAGGCAGCGACCACCCUGGCCGAAUCAGCAGAGGACACGGAUACCCACUCAAGUUCCGGUUAAUCCUGAGUUGGAUGAAUGAGCAAAUGGGCUUUGGUUCAACCGUAGGAGAUUGUAUGGUAUCGAAGUGUUAACUUAUGCAAAGCAAUAGAACACAUGGAACAUUGGUGAAA